AGCUCAGAGGGGGCGCUCGCCGCGCCCGCUCCCGCCGCCGCGCCGCCCCCCGCUACAGACAGCGCAUGGCGGCUCCCUUGGAGCUGGGGCCGCGGGGCGGCGCCGAGAAGGAGGAGGAGAUCGAUAUAGAGGCCCUCAUCGCCGCGUUCUUGGCCGAUGAGGGCCGCGCCACGCUGGAGAUGCCUCGCAUGAGCGCGGGGCAGCGGAAGCAGGCCAAGAGGCUCGUGGAGCAGCACCCGGGGCUGAGGUGCGAGAGCUUCGGCCUCGGCCAGGACCGGCAGCUGCACCUGUUCAAGGAGGCGGCCUGCGCGAGUGCUGCCGCGGCCACGGCGUCGACCUCGCCGAAGGGCGCGGCCGCCGGCACCGCCAGCGCCGCCGCGGAGCCGAAGGGCACGCCGGCACGGGCGGGCGCUGAGCAGCACUGGGAGACGGCCACGCUGGAGGCC